AUGUACUCUCAACCAAUAUCCUAAUUAGGCCACUAAUCACUAGGAAAAGUAUAACCUGAGAAUCAGCAAUAGCAUAUGCAGUAUAAUAUGUACUAGCAAACCAAUAUGGCAGGAUAAACAGUUAUGCACUAAGGAUAUCCUGGUUAGCAGAAUCCUUAGAUGAUAAAUCAGUAUAUGUACGUCUAAUAAGCACCAUACCCAAGUUAGUAAAAAAUCCCUCAUGGAUAGCCUUAACCUUAAGUUUAUGGAUAACCGAAUCCCUAUGGGCAAAUGCAUCAACCAGCCACUAUAGUUCCGCAACCAAUGAUGAAUCCUGAAUAUAACUAGUUUGAUCGGUACAAUCCAUUCAGUAGAAGAGAUCGAAGGGGAUAUAUCAUGUCAACGAUUCGAGUGUCAAAGUAUGGUAGAUUUCCAGUAAAUAUCUAAUGUCCUCAUUGCCUAAACGUAAUGACUACUAGAGUUAAAUGGCGAACGACCCCAGUUCAAUACAUCUGCUGCGCACUUUUAGCAUGUGCCGCUCCUCCAUAUUGCUGCAUUCCGUUUUGUCUUCGAGACUGCUAUUAUCUCCAUCAUAUCUGCUCAGGUUGCUUAAAAUCAGUAGAGUGA